UCUGUUUAUUGAGCAAAUAGUCUUAUACUAGGGGGAUUUGGAAAUUACUGUGGGAAGCACAUCCACUGUAUGCAAGUCAUUCAGACCGAUGCUAAGCGAAACGAAACGCUGCUCCUUGCAGGUUUUCGCGGAGCCGCGUGGUCUCUCUCGAGGGGGCGCGGGGGGUGCGCGUGCGGGACCCUCCGCCCCCUGCCUCUGGACACGCCCACCGGCGCCCGGUCCGGAUCACGUGGUCGUGCGCCCGGCGUCCGCGAGUGGGAGCCGCGCCGAUCGCAAAUCAGACCGGAGAGGAGAAGCGGGAGGCAGAGGAGCGGAUAAUUCGGUAGACUAAAACGCCGCUUUUUCCAAAGGGAAUGCGGGCUGGGGUGACACGGGUUUUGCCGACCGCGCUCCUGAGAUUCCCAAAAACCGCUGAUCUUUACGCCGGCUGGGGCUGCAUCUGUUGCAAUGGGCGAACUGCGCAGCGCUGAUCUGUCGGCAGACGCCGUUUUGUUGAGUGGGAACUUGGCGUCUUGUUGGGACUCAGUCCAGCGCUAAUCGGUUGCGAAGGCCGGCCAGCCAUGAGGGCGUUUGCGGCCAACCUGCUUGCCCUGCUUUUUCUGUGCACUUGUGCCUCCGUCCUCUACGUCUGGACCGGACUCGAGGACGGGACGGGCAGGUACAGACGGGGUUCCCGGACGCACGGGGCGGCUUCGGUUCCGGCCGGCUCGCCUCCGGAUCGCUCGCUCAAAACUUUCCGUGCACUCCUGGCUGUGCCUCCGGUACUGGGCAUCCUCAACCGCAGCAUCGCCGAGAAGCGGACCGACACCUCCGGGAAAAGAAAGUCCAACCUGGAUUUAAAUAAAGCGACGGCCAUCGCGACACCGCUGAAUCCCGAGCCGGAGGAGCUUGUGGAGGACGGGGUGUUUUGGAGCGAUCGGCUGGAGGCUCUGUUGCCGCAGGCUUUCAGCGAAGAGCAUGCCCGGACUUGGAUCGAAAGAGCCCGGGUCAGCGAGGUGGUUUCACUGGAGCCUGGCUGUGGCAGGACAUCAAACCGACUGGCCACCUUCUCGGACGGCUCCCGGGCUUGCGUGCGGUACGGGAUAAACGAGGAUCAGGUGCAAGGGGAGACCCUGUCUUAUUACCUCGCUAGCUUGCUGGGCAUGACGAGCCUGCCGCCUAUCACCCUCUCCCAGCUGAGCCCCGACAGCCUGCAGUGGGCGGCGGUGAGGGAAGGCAUCGGUGGCUUGCAGUGGUCCUGGAAAGCGGUCGUUUCUCUCACCGAGUGGGUCGCUAACCUGACGGGGGUCGUCACUCCCGCGCCCCUCCGGCAAGACGGCAAGGGCUUGCACCCCGUCCGGGAGCAGCUGGCCAACAAGACGCUGGGGGAGUUGCUGGAGCUGGUGCAAUGGACCGAUCUCAUAGUCUUCGACUAUCUUACGGCUAACUUCGACAGGCUGGUGAGCAACCUGUUCAGCCUGCAGUGGGACCCGCGGGUUAUGGAGCGGGACACCAGCAACCUGCAGAGGACGCCGGACGGCGCCCUGGUGCUCAUCGAUAACGAGGCCGGGCUGGUGCACGGCUACCGGGUGCUCCAGAUGUGGGAGAGGUACCACGACGAGCUGCUGGGCUCCGUGUGCCUGUUCAGGAAGCGCACGGCGCGCCGCGUCCUGCAGCUCCAUCGUCUCCGGGACGCGCCUGUCCGUUUGCGGGAGCUCUACCGGCUCCAUGAGCCCCUGGCCCCCGAGUUGGGCUUUCUCUCCGAAGAGCAUGCAGCGAUCCUGCAAACACGAAUGGACCGAUUGCAUAGACACAUAUUGCACUGCAUGGAGCGGUAUAGUCGAUUAUGAAAAACGAAAAACUUGCAUCGCAGAUAAAACGCCGAAGAGAAAAACUUUAAUAUUCCCACCCUUUAAAAAAAAGUAUUAAGAUAACCCGAGCUUGUUAAACACACCCGUAUGAGAUUUCAUUUCUCCUCAAGAUUAAUCCUAUCACCUACCUCUCAUGAACAAAAUAAGUGGUUUGCCGUCAUUUUAAAACAUUCCUUAAUUUAAAUCCGUUCUGGAGCUAAAUUGUUUGGGCUCUUAAUGCCGUUUUAAUUAAGCCUUAAAAUGAGUUUAAUUAUAUGCAGACUGCAAGCACCGAGGUCACACGUCAGCUGGUGAGGUUGUGUGCAGAUGUAAAUGACUGGAUGGGCAGAGCACAGAUGUGGAUGACAAUGGGUUAGUCUGUAUUACAUGGAGACAAAGGGACUCUUACAUUUACAAGAGAUCAACAGUAGCCUUAUAAUGUAAUUUCCGUGGGUUUCAAUGGUUAAAGCCUUAUGUGAAAUAUGUGGAUGGAAUGUCUGCAGACACAAAGAGGCCUUAAUCCACAGGUCUGAUGGGGGGGAGAAGCAUUGGAUUUAUUGGGAUUUUUGGGUGGUGAGGAAUCCUGUUAUCCACUGUCUGCAGUUAGAGAUGGCAGCCAAAACCAAAAUUUUACCUUUUGAGUAAUAUGAUUGUAUUUUCAGCCUUAAGAUAUUACAGUUCGUAGGAAUCUGGUGUUUUGUGAAUGGAGUUAAGUACAUAUUUGGGCAGGGUUACGGCAAUAUUUGGUAACAUUCCCAAUAGGCUGUCUUUUGUAUGGCACACGUGUUUUACGUUUUCUGCUGUAAUAUAAUGUGGAGAUUUAA